UUUGUUUAAAAUAAAACUGACGCAUGGCGGAAAUUCCAAUGCCGAUGCUUCUUCAACAACUUCUUCAACUGCCCCUUGAAACCAUCACGGAUAUUGUCUCACCGCAUCGAACGAGAAGUUAAUCGAACUUCGUAUCUUUCCGCGGUUCUCGGAAGGUAAACAUGAUCAGGAUGAUCUGAAUCUUAUUCUUUCUCCGUCUCUUUGAUUGAUUUCACAGUGUUAAUGCAUGGAGUUUCCACUCGCGCGUUACCAGGGCAUACCUUUGGAUCAGAUUCAGAACAGUUGUAGUGGUAGUGGCUUUCCUUUUCUGUAUUCUAAUCCCAAGGAUUUCUAUUUGUCGCGACAUUAUCUGCUCUCUGGGUACGGAUUAUCGCUCUGUCGGAAGAAAUGGAAGAACCCAUUUGGGAGAAUCAUGUGUUCUUCUUCUUUAGUUGAACAGCUGAAACCCAAACCCAAACCCAUACCCAAGCCGAAGCCGAAACGAGAAUCGGAUAGAGUUGACGCGGAAGAGGUUGAACAUCCAGUUUUGGAGGAUGCCCAGAUCAGGAAAUCUAGUUUGAGGAUCUGUAGUCAGAUAGAGAAGUUAGUGUUGUGUAACAGAUUCAGGGAGGCGUUUGAAUUGUUUGAGAUUUUGGAGAUACGAGGUUGUCUCCAGAUCGAUGUUAGAACUUAUGAUGCAUUGGUGACGGCAUGUAUCGGAUUGAGAUCCAUUCGAUGUGUCCAAAGGGUUUUCGAAUAUAUGAUAAACAGUGGGUUUGAGCCGGAUCAACCCAUGAUGAACAGGAUCCUGUUGAUGCAUGUGAAAUGUGGGAUGAUGAUUGAAGCUCGUAGAUUGUUCGAUGAAAUGCCCGAAAGAAACUUGGUCUCCUUCAACAACAUUAUUGUGGGUUUAGUUGGGUUUGGUAAUUAUCUAGAGGCUUUCCGACUGUUUCAGAUGAUGUGGGAGGAGUUUUCCGAGUGCGAUCCCCGGACAUUUGCGAUGAUGUUUAGUGCAGCGGCUGGGUUAGGGUCUGUCCAUGCUGGGAAACAGUUACAUGCUUGUGUAGUGAAAACGGGAGUUGGUGAUGAUACUUUUGUCUCAUGUGCAUUGAUCGAUAUGUAUGGUAAGUGCGGGUGCAUUGAGGAUGCUCAACAUGUUUUUGAUGAUAUGCCCGAGAAAACUACUGUUGGUUGGAACAACCUUGUAAAAGGUUAUGCUCUCCAUGGUUAUAGCGAAGAAGCUCUGUGUUUGUUGUAUGAGAUGCGGGAUUCUGGUGCUUGUAUGGAUCCGUUUACUUUUUCCAUAGUGGUAGGAAUUUGUACGAGGUUGGCUAAGCUUGAGCUCACUAAGCAAGCUCAUGCAAGCUUAAUUCGUCGUGGGUUUGGAUCAGAUUUGGUGUUAAAUUCGGCUCUUAUGGAUUUCUAUAGCAAAUGGGGUAGAGUAGAUGCUGCAAGAAAUGUUUUUGAUAAAAUGCCAUACAAGAAUCUAAUUUCGUGGAAUACUUUGAUGUUCGGAUACGCACAUCAUGGUAGAGGAGCCAAAGCUGUCAAAUUGUUCGAGAAGAUGCUUACCGAGAGAGUAGCUCCAAACCACGUUACAUUCCUUGCAGUUUUAUCGGCUUGUGCCAAUUCAGGUUCAUUCGAACUUGGUUGGGAUAUUUUUCAAUCAAUGAUGGAGGAUCAUAAGAUCAAACCUAGGGCAAUGCACUUUGCAUGCAUGAUCGAGCUGUUGGGCAGAGAAGGUUUAUUAGAUGAAGCCUUUGCUUUGAUCAGAAGGGCUCCUUUCAAACCCACGACUAAUAUGUGGGCUGCUCUGUUAGACGCAUGUAGAGCACUCGGUAACAUAGAGCUCGGCAGAUUGGCUGCUGAAAAACUAUAUGGAAUGGGGCCCGAGAAGCUCGGAAAUUAUGUUGUAUUGUUGAAUUUAUACAACAGUACCGGCAAGAUAGAGGAAGCGGCAGGAGUUCUGAAGACAUUGAGGAAUAAAGGUUUGACAAUUAUGCCGGCUUGUAGUUGGGUCGAGGUCAGAGAUCAGACACAUUGUUUUCUUUCGGGAGACGGGUGUGAUGUGUAUGGUGAGACAGUGAAAAGGCAAAUAUACCAGAAACUCGAUGAUCUAAUGGAAGAAAUUUAUGAAAACGGGUACUUACCAGACGAAGAAAAAACCCUUUUCCCGGAUGUGGAUGAGAACGAAGAACGGGUCUUGAGAUAUCACAGCGAGAAACUGGCGCUAGCAUACGGGUUGAUCAACACGCCCGGGUGGAAACCAUUGCAGAUAACUCAGAACCAUAGGAUGUGCAAUGAUUGCCAUAAGAUGGUGAAGUAUGUAUCUUUUGUGACCAGAAGAGAGAUUGUGGUUAGAGAUGCAAGUAAGUUUCACCAUUUCAAAGAAGGCCAGUGUUCUUGUGGUGGUUAUUGGUAAAUAGGAUGGUGUAGAAUUUGGUUUGCUCAUUCGAGCAAGGUAUGAUAAGGCUGAACCGGACUGGUUUUGUUUGGUUUAGAUAAACCGGUUAUACAUAUAGAGAGAGAGAUUCCGGUAUAAAACUUUUUGUUAGAUUUUCUCAUGAUUGAAAAUAAACAUACGAGGGAUGUUACAUGAAGGUUAUCGAAUAGUGAAUGGAUGAUUCUCUUUUCA